AUGGCGGCAGGGAGGGGGUGGGGUUGGUCGCCACGGCAACCGCCUCCCCCACCCCUAGGGGUGGGGAGGAGGGGAAGGGGUGGGGGGACCACGUGGUGGCGUUCCCGGCUACUGCCACGUGGAGCCCAAAGCCACGCUUCGUCUAGAGUUGAUGGGAGGAUAAGUUUGGGAUCUACAGGUUAUGAAAAUAAAGUCGGUCGAAAUGAAAUCGUACCAAGUCAUCGAUUUUCCCAGACUGACUCCACAACUUCGAGGAAUUCGCGUGACGAUUGCAAGAGAUCGGUGAAUUCUUCAACGUUCAAGGUUAAUACUGUUAGUGCAAUCUUACGAGCAUCUUGCAACGGUGCAAUGGAAGCGGAUAUCUUCGUGGAAAUCUGGGUCGACUCAGGCAUUAUUUUAUACAGCUGA